UGUGUGUGCGCUUGCGCUUCUUUUGCUGGCUUGCCGAGGAAUUUUGAACGUUGGCUUUUGAUUUUGUAGUCAAAAAGUGUUUUUGUUAAGUGUUAGUAAAUGUUUUCAGUGUUUAGUACAAGUUUUAACUGAUAAUGGCGCUAAAGAUGACAGUAAAUGGUAAAGUUGAUGCGAAUAGCAAGCAACGCAACCGAUUUCUUGCUGAUCCCGAGCGUGUUAAAAAAGAUCUCGAAAGCGAGCGUCGCAUAACUCGUUUACAGCAGGUGCGUGAGAAAUCCAACAGCUUGGCUCGCCACAUACGACAAGAGGUGGCUGCAGAGCAAGCGCGUCAGGUUCAAAACCUGGAGCAGAUAAAACAAAAGGAGUUAGAUACGUGGCGUGAGCAUGUUAUGGCCAAAAAAUACCAGGACUACCGUACCUCUAUGUUUCAGGUGGGUGCCGCCCAUCGUGCCGCCCAGGCUGAAACCGAAAAUAGCGAGCAACAAAAGCAGCUGCGUGCCGAAAAAAUGAAAAAGUGUCGUCGCCUCGCUGCAAAGCGUGCUGUAAAGCACACGCCCGCUAAUGUGCUGCGUUCCACGGGGGGUAAAGAACUCAAUGUGGAGGGACGCGCCACAGCAGGCACACAGACGCCAGUACAAACAGAAGAAAACGGGCAUGUGGGUAAAGAGAACAGGUUGUGCAAUAAACAAGCCUGUAAAGUUUCGGACAGGCAAAGUUCUUUUAAGCGGAAACGCCACACAUGUUGUCAAAGUAAUGGCCAAAACGACAACAACGAUGAGGUGGAGCUCGAAACGAUCUCUGACAGCAGCACUGAUGAGCACGAAGCGCAGCCAACUGCAAACGAGGCGACUGGCAGGAGACUGGAAAAGACCCCGCCAGUUAUUUUAGAUGUGGACAUUGAAAGCGAAGAUUCGCUCGAGAUAUGCGCACGCGAUGGCAUCGAGAUAAACGAUUUGUAUAUGCAAACGAAUCGUAAAUUUAGUCGCGUGGUGCGUCCCACUCCCACAAGUGCCUCUGAGCUACAAAAGCGCUCAGCCGCUGCACCGUCGAAUUCUAUUCCUUCCCGGCCACGUUUCACCCAAAUCACAGACUUGGUACGGCGCACCACAAUAGACACAGAAAUGUCUUUGGAAAGCACGCAAAGACAGCCGCAUGAGCAACAAAUUCACAUGCCCCGCAGUCCCACAAGGUCCUUGCCUCGUUCACCCAGCAAAACGAUGACGGCCGCAGCCCCAGCGGGUUCCUCCAAUGUGUCACCUACUAGAACAGUAACAGAGCAACCAAUUCCAUCAAGUCGUGCACCAACAAUACUCCCAGCCGACAGCCGCCGGCAGUCUACGCAGCUGCCAAAGCGUUCCUCAUUGAGAAACAACAACAAAGAGUCCGCUCCCGCUAAGGUCAUAGAUGCUGGUCUCAGAUGUAACACGGAAUUAGCGCAACCGAAAGCUACAGUGGAAGCAUCUACUGCAGCCAGCACCGUGCAGCCAAGAACGGCAAAGCCUAUACCAGAGCCGCCUAUACAUCAGUUGCCCCCCAUGCAGCAGAUGCCUAUGCAACAGGCGCAGAUGAAUCCACUACCUCCUUUCAUACAUCCGCAUGCUGUGUAUGCACCACAGAUGAUGCCACCUUAUGCCAUUCUACCUUAUCCCAUGCAACCAUAUCCAAUGCAAACCGUAUGCCAAUACGCUCAACAGCCCGCUCCUCCUCAGCAACCGCCCGUGACUACUUCGACCACCAGUACAUCUGCAACUCCAGUAAGCACCACUGCCAGCCAUUCCACAGUCUCUACCACGACAUAUGUGAUGCGCCAGGCGCAGAGAGGUGAGACGAAUACAACUGGACACGUUCAGUUCUAUGACCACAAUAACAAAUAUCGUCGCAACUAUAAGGCGCCCGCGCAGGCCGUACAAGUCGAUCCACAGGAUAGCAUGCGCCUGAAUGCCAUGGAUAACGCACGCAUCGAGACUCAGUUGAGGCAGUUGCGCGAGCAGGAGUUGAAUAAUUUACGUCAAGUCACCGAUCAGCGAGGACAAAAGGCGCUGCAACGCGAGCAGGUGCGUCGCGAUUGUGCCGAGUUGACGGAGAAACUGGAAGCAUUGACACAGCAGCAGCCCCAGCUGUUGCCCAGUGACGCAAACUUUGUUCCCAGCCAUCGUUUCGCCGACUUGGCGUUGCGACGUGAGCAGAAAAUGAACGCGGCAAUGGAGGAGAUGCUGUUGCGUCCAGCUAUUGUUACUUGUCCCGAGGUAACAGUCACCCGGCAUACUUCACCCCGCAAGGCAGGAACGCACACCAAAUCCAACGUGGUGGAGGCUAUCAAUGUGGGCGACCCGCCGUCAAACAAGGCAGACGAUGUUGUGAGUACCGGCAGCUGCUGCUCCAUACUGCUGGACUAUGUGAAUGAUCAGAGCAAGCAGCUGCGCACCGAGCUCAAGAGCAUGCAUGCCGAUACGGCUAAGUCCAUUAAAUUGAAGAGCUUGCUACAACGCAUCGAGAAAAUACGGUCACAGCUACUGGCCGAGCUGCAAGCGGGCGAAAUGAACGGUGACCAUGCACAACAGGUUAUCGAUUCCAUACGAAAGGAACGCGCCAACAUACACAGAGGCACAGCACGGAAUAUAAGCCAGCGUGAGAUGGAAUUGCAGCAGAAGGAGGAGUUAUUGGAGCAACGGCUGCGUCAAUUGUACAAGCAGCAGCAAAAAGUCAGUAGUCAGCAGGAACGCAGAAAAAAAGGUGACGAUGGUCCCGUAGAGAUUAUAAUCAAGGUGAAGAGCGACGGAACCGUUAAGCAUCUUGUGCCCAAGAGUAAGGCUCAGGACAAACCAACCCAAAUAGUAGCAAGUGACCAAACCAAUAAGCCAACGCCGACGCCAACUACAUCUUCGUCUGCGCCCACUGAGGGGGCUCUUACAGCUGUACCAUCGCAGGUAGCUGUGCAUAAUCAGCGGCAGAAUUCCAUCGAUUCCAAUUCUACAUCGUAUCGCGAAUUGCCGCCUGUUAACUAUAAGAACAUUAAGCCUGUAGAUUCAGCUCCUCCUCAGCCCGAACCCCUACAUCCGAUGGUCGCUCACUAUGUGCAGCGAUUACUUGGAAUGUCGCGCAACUCCAUUGAUCAACUGGGAGCUAGCAGUUCGGAAGUGCCAACGCCUUCGGAAUCGAUCAUCAAUAAUCCACGAAAUAUUUCAUCUGGCUCCACGGUGAAUGAAACACUGAUUGACAAUCAGCGCGUGGAGCGUGUGCAGGCCUUUAUCCGGGACAAUCGUAGUUUCGUCAAUGAGCUCGAAGACACGCUGCGCAACCAGCAGAAGGAACAGCGACAGCAGCAGGAACAGGAAAAGUUGGAUAAGGAUCAUAGUGAGCGAAGUUUCGAUCAGCUCUGGAACAGACGUUGGGCAAACCAGCAGCAUCACCAAAAGGACCAGGCACACGUUGGAGAUACAGAGCGACCUACUACCAGUAGUCGGGCAACUACUGGAAGACGACCAGGUCCAGUGUCUCUGGAAGAAGUGAGCGCAAAGAGUACAGCACGUUCGUCGGCCAAUCAGGCGCCACAACAGGUGAAGCACAAUCAGAUAACCAUUACUGAAGCAACGACCACUACACGCAUUACGGAAAAGCAAAGGCAACGAUCCGUGGAGCCGCCCAGAACAAGCCUGAUAAGCCAAUCUCAGGUUACCAGCGAGCAGACUGCAACACGCCAAAUGGAGCGUUAUGCCCAGCUCACGGAAAACUGCACACAGCGCAUUGCGGAGCUAACCGAACUGAUAACCAAGGUGCGGGAGGAGAAGCAGCGACUGGUAGAGGUCACGCUGACCUCGGCUAGCGAGGGAGAACGCCAUUCCACAGAAUACUUUGACUUGCCGCCUUUACACACACAGGAAAAGCCGCAGGAGCAGGUCCGCUCUCGCACAAUCUCGGACCGCAGUGAUAGCCAGGACACCACGCCAUCCCACUCAGAGGCGCUCCCGCUGCAAAAGCACAAACCAACGGGCGCCAGUCUUGAUAGCGGCAUCUCUAUUUCACGCCCAAUUACAGCCAUGGGCCAGGAGCCGCCCGAGGUGGAGCCCAUAUCGUUGGCCUCAUCCACACAGAGCAACGUGCCGCGCCGUGGUAAAGUGCCGCCUGCCACAAUACGUCGUUACAGUCCACAGCUGGCGGCAGAGGAACUGGCUCACGAGCUGUCAACCAUUACAGAAGUGGACACACCGGCGCAGUCGCAUAUUGUGGCUGCAACGCCGGCACCCAUGCCCUUUCCCAGCUUCGAUCAGUACGCGCAGGAGUUGCAGCUUGAUCUGGCACAUCUAGAAAAGGAUCAAAGCAUGCGAUUGCAGCGCGAGUUCCAUGAACUCAUCCAAGCCAUCAAGCAACGCGGCCAUGGUCUAGACUAUCGCGAAUUUCCCAGCAUCAGUGCCUAUUUGCAUGAGAUUACCACAACGGGGACACAUGUACAUGUCGAGACGGAUCCGCAAUCGAUGGCACCAAGUGAGCUGUUGCAGCGACUACGGCUGCAAAAUGUUAGUAUACGUGAAUUUCCCAACAGACGCGACUAUAUACAGCACCGACUGGCACGCGAGCCGCCCGAACAGCGCGAGCUGAUUGACAGCGCCAGCCUGGACAGCAGUGAUUCCUUUAAUGUGGAGGCAGAGCUGCGACAAAGGCGCAUACUGAAGGCAUCAUUCAGGCGUGGGCUAGAAGCGGGCGAGCUACCCGAAUUGGAAGUGGCAAGCAGCACGCGUCGCGAAAGCAUUCCACCGGAAACCAGCACAUAUGCGCCCAAUGAGAGCGGUAUAGAGCCAUUUUCCAGGUCGCCGUUGACCAUCGAAGUGCAACUGGAUAUGGAACGCAUGAACAUGCAGCGACCCGUCAGCAUGCGCCAGAGACAGCGCCAUGCUGAGCCCCCGAACAGCAGCGUUGGCAGUAUGUCACCGGAGCCCCGGCAUACCCAGCGGUCUGCGGGCGGAGGUCUGCGCCAAACCUCAUCCGGACGGUCUGCGGAUGCACCACAGGAGGUCAGCCAAAUGGGGCGUUCGCUCAAUUUGCGUGAGUUCCUCACCAAAGAGCUGCUGAGGCAUCGGGUCCAUGGUGGAGAGAGCAGCUCCGAGAGCACAGACGACUCUCUCAAGAGCAACUUUCUGCAAUCCGUCAUCGAUUCGCUGUCACCCAGUUCGCCUCGCACUCCAGCACAGGGCCACGCCACUAAUGGCACCAACGACAGACAGAAAACUUCGACGCCUGUUGUCUCGUUUCUCUCCGAGCAGGAAAAGUCCGGCUCGGCACAAAGCCAAGACACGCAGCUGUUCUCGGUCGAGAGUCGCAUCUCAGCCGUACACUACGCCGAUGGAACACCGCCGGUGCCUUAUGAGCAGCAAACGUCAGCUGGUCGCAGCUCACGGACUCCAAAGCCAACAACAACAAAUCCUUCAUCGCGAAAGUGAUGCAAGGCUUUCCCAAAUAUUCUAGCUAAAUUACCAUAUACAUGUUUGUAUUGUACCCCAAUUAUUAUUUAUAAUCCCAACCGUAUGAAAAUCACGCUAUUGUAAAAUCGUGACAAUGCAAUUAUUAAGACAAUUAU